CCCCAAACAUGGCCUUUCUGAGCUUAAGGUAAAACACAGCCGGCAAGCUGAAAUAGGAAAAUAUAUUGCCCAAUCCCAUACAACACAGUAUUCUCAGCCUUGCCAUAGAUUAUCAAUCAUAGGUACUCGUAGGUACCUAGGUAUUUAUGUGUCGCAUCUCAUCUCCCGCCUCGCAUCAAAGUCGCAAAGCCUCAAGCCUUGUUCCUCGCUAAAGCCAGCACCCAACCCAAGCCCAAGCCCAAGCUCAACCCAACCGGGACAUUCAAACUCCCAUCCCGCCAGAUCCCUGAUCGACUCGACUCGACUUGCCGACCUCACUGGCGCAACUUCACUCUUCGUUAUGUUCACAGUAUACAGGUCAGCAUAAGGCGUCUUGGCCUUCCCAACCUCGAAUGCGGCCUUGGUAUAGAGCAUGCCACUCCUGCAUGGUCCGGCGAUGAACCCAAAUACACUCAACAUGGAUCCGUCCAUGUAUUAUACCAACCUGGCGGCGAUGGACAGCCUUUCUAGGGGUCUGUCAGCCUCGCAGGCACCUCCCAAUGGAAACGAUACAUCUAUGAGUGGUAUGCUAGAAGACAGCAUGCUUGAUGAUUACGAUAACAUGCCCGGCCAGCUCGACCUCAAUGGACUCGAUGGUGGAAACGGGCACAAGGUCUAUGCACAAAUUAAUUCCGGCGCACCACAACAGAGCGACAAUGGAGAUGAAGGGGGCGGUCUAAUAUCCAGUCCAGUGGACAAUCCUAUGACUGGUGCAGGUGCUGGACCAUUGCCUACUGGGUUUGGAGCACAGUCGACCUUGACUGGGGGCAGCACACUGACCGAAUUUACAAAGAGAAGGAACUGGUCGCAGAGAGUAGUAGAGGAACUGAAGGACUUCUUGCACAUCUUGACUCCGGAUGGUCGGAUUGUAUACCUAUCCCCAAGUGGAGAGCAGUUGACUGGCUAUGCUCGAGAUGAACUGGUGGGGAAAUUUAUUGUUGACUUCAUACAUCCGGACGAUAGUGGGAUUUUCGUGCGAGAGUUCAAUGAAUCUAUUGCAAGUGGACACCCUCUUCGGUUUUUCUAUCGGUUCCGGAGGAAGGACGACACCUACACCAUUUUCGAGUCUCAUGGUCAUCCACAUCUUACCUCCGAGGCCGCACAAUAUGGAGGACCAGUAAAUGCAUCUGGCUUUUGUCGGGGUUUCUUCAUGAUGGCACGUCCAUAUCCAACUAAGAAUGCAGCUCUACUGGACUCAUUCCUAGAACAUAAGAUAGAGAACGAGCGAUUAAGGAAGCGUAUUGAAGACUUGAAACGGGAAGAGGCAGAGGAAGCCGACGAAUCACACAAGAGCUGGUUGAAGAAGCAAGAGGGCAGGUCGGAUCAACCAUCUGAAGAGACGGAUACCAUAGCAUCAAUAAGUACAUCGAUGCACACGAUAAAUCCAGACGCACUAGCAAUGCCACCACCAGCAAAACCAUCCAUCAACCCUGCUCUUACCACCCAGAACCUAGCGGAUGCCAAUGCUGGAAGUAGACCCGAUUCGAUCAAUGACAAGAUGGCUCGCUACGAAGGAGCAACACACACCGAAACCAUUGAGAUGCUGACGGGUCUACGAUAUCAAGACGGCGAGAGGAGUCGAGGUAUUAGUACUGGUGACCAAAGUCCAGCACUCAUUCGCGGAGAUGCUGGGAUUGCGAUACCAGUAGACAAAGACGGAAGAGGAUCAGAUAAGAAGAAGAAAAUAAAGUUACCGGAUGAGUAUGUCUGUACAGACUGCGGUACCCUCGAUUCCCCAGAAUGGAGAAAAGGACCCACUGGACCCAAGACCCUCUGCAACGCAUGCGGUCUACGCUGGGCUAAGAAAGAAAAGAAGAAAGGACCUCACAUCUCACCCACACCACCGAACAACACCCCUGGACCGAUGACCUAGAGAAUUGUCUGCUUUCGGCGUUUGCAUUCUGUAGGUGUCACUCGAACAUGCCUAACGGGACUCGCAUGCGAUAUGGGAGGCACAUUUUAUUCUUGCACAACCCUUUAUUAUAAGAAACGGAUGGCGUAUUUGCUUGGGAUGGCAGUUCGCCUAUCUUUUUUUUUCGGAAUACCAUGGAAACGGGAAAGGAAGCUUUACCACAGGCAGGCGUUUGGAGGAGCUCAGUUUGUUAUAGCUUGCUCUUGCUUGAAGUGUCUAUUGAAUGAUGAUUACAUUUGCUUACGAACAUCAAGAAAAACAAAAAUACAAAAACAUCCAAAAUCAAGGGUUCCACAUCCAUCAUCCGUGUCCACAUGCGCGCACCCUAACACCACCCAAGAUGCAGAUUGUCCGAACCGAGCCGCAACCAUGGCUUUCUCAAGCGAGAUACCCCUUUUUAUCACAACAAAAACAACAACACCAGAACACCCCAAAUCCUCACUUCUUCUCCAACCUCAAACCAUCAACCCCACCACAUUCUGCACCACCCUAUCCACCGCACCCUUCAC